UGCGGUGCUUGAGACGAGCGACUGGUGUUGGUCGAGUCAUCCCCAAAGGACCAUCUUGCCGCCUAACAAUCCAGGCACUCCAAGGCCGUGAACGUUCCCGCUAGCCGAGCUCUGGAUAGAGAAUGACCUGAUCCUCCGACUCCGACUUCACAAAACCUCGAAAUCCACCACCAACGCCCACCCGGCCGAUCGAAACCCCUCCCCUCCACCGAUACACAUCGAAACACACAAAAAUGCAGCGUCAGCUUCUCUCCGCCGCCGCGCGCGCCGCCCGCGCCCCGGCCGUCCGCUCCACCGUCCAGCGCCGCUUCGCCAGCACCACCGAGAACGCUUUCAUCAAGGAGCGCGAGGCUGCCAAGCACCACGCCGAGGGCACCACCGGCCUCUGGCGCAAGAUCUCCAUCUACGGCUGCAUCCCCGCCCUCGGCCUUGCCGCCGCCAACGCCUACGUCCUCUGGAACGAGCACUGGGACCACUGGAGCCACAUGCCCCCUCUGGAGGAGCGCGUCGAGUACUCUUACCAGAACAUCCGCACCAAGAACUACCAAUGGGGCAACGGUGACAAGACCAUCUUCUGGAACGACAACGUCAACUACCACAACCCCGACAAGGCUUAAAUUAAGCCCGUUGAGUGUGAACGUGAUAUCGCUGAUUCAGGAGACGACGAGGGAGCGAUCCAUAGACUCGGGGUGUGACACGCCUGCUGAGGGGGUAGACUAUCCUGUACAUUUUCCCUAUGUCA